ACGGCGGGAGGAGGAGGAGGAGGAGCCACCACCACCAGCGACCGCCGCCUCUGCCCGAGGAGCCGCCACGCUCGCCCCCCUCUCUCACUCGCACACACAGACACACACAGACACACACACACACACACACACACACCCAGGCGCGCGCGCUCCCGCAGGCUCACACGCGCACGGCCGGACGGGCACGGCCGGAGAGGGAGGAGGAGGAGGAGGAGGGAGGAGGGCCGGUCCAGCCCCAGCCCCCGGCCCCUCAUGGGCAGCCCCGGGACGGGCCGCUGAGACGCCCCCUCCCCCCCGAGCCGAGGCUUCCGGGGCCGAGGACCGCUCCGCUCCGCUGCCGGCCGCCCCCCACCCACCCGGUCCCCCCCGGCCCCUCCCGCUGGCAUCUGCGCGAGGGACCCGGGGCAUGCUGUGGAUCGCUGAGCACUAGAGGCCGGGCACCAUGGGGGCCGCGCCCUAGAGCUCGGGUGUGGGGGGCCGGGGGGGGAGGGGGACUGGUGGCCGAGGCUGGGCCUAGAACGCGGUGCCCGCCUCAUUCUCUUGGCACGUGGGGAGGGUGCUGGAUGGAAUUACGGUGAAUGGAACAGAAGCCCAACACGCUGGACUGUGGGGUGGACCCAGAGGAGAACAGGUCGCCGGAUGGGAAACGGAAACGAAAGAGCAGCCAAUGUUCCCUGAAGAGCAGCAUGUCAGGGUACAUCCCUAGUUACCUGGACAAAGAUGAACAGUGUGUUGUGUGCGGGGACAAAGCCACCGGUUAUCAUUACCGCUGCAUCACCUGCGAGGGCUGCAAGGGCUUUUUCCGCCGCACAAUCCAGAAAAACUUGCACCCUACCUACUCCUGCAAGUACGACAGCUGCUGCGUCAUCGACAAGAUCACCCGCAACCAGUGUCAGCUGUGCCGCUUCAAGAAAUGCAUUGGCGUGGGCAUGGCCAUGGACCUGGUCCUGGACGACUCCAAGCGGGUGGCGAAGCGCAAGCUGAUCGAGGAGAACAGGGAGCGGCGGCGCAAGGAGGAGAUGAUCAAGUCCCUGCAGCAGCGGCCGGAGCCCACGGACGGCGAGUGGGAGCUGAUCCAGCUGGUGACCGAGGCGCAUCGCAGCACCAACGCCCAGGGCAGCCACUGGAAACAGAAGCGGAAGUUCCUGCCUGAGGACAUCGGACAGUCGCCCAUAGCGUCCAUGCCAGAUGGGGACAAGGUGGACCUCGAGGCCUUCAGCGAGUUCACCAAGAUCAUCACGCCCGCCAUCACCCGUGUAGUGGAUUUUGCCAAAAAACUCCCCAUGUUCUCCGAGCUGCCCUGCGAGGACCAGAUCAUCCUGCUGAAGGGUUGCUGCAUGGAGAUCAUGUCCCUGCGGGCGGCCGUGCGUUACGACCCGGACAGUGAGACGCUCACGCUGAGCGGGGAGAUGGCCGUCAAGCGGGAGCAGCUGAAGAACGGGGGUCUGGGCGUGGUGUCCGAUGCCAUCUUUGAUCUGGGCAAGUCGCUAUCUGCCUUCAAUCUGGAUGACACCGAGGUGGCUCUGCUGCAGGCUGUGCUCCUCAUGUCUUCAGAUCGCUCGGGCCUCCUGUGCGUGGACAAGAUCGAGAAGUGCCAGGAGGCCUACCUGCUGGCCUUCGAACACUACAUCAAUUACCGCAAACACAACAUUCCCCACUUCUGGCCCAAGCUGCUCAUGAAGGUGACAGAUCUGCGCAUGAUCGGGGCCUGCCACGCCAGCCGCUUCCUGCACAUGAAGGUGGAGUGCCCCACCGAACUCUUCCCCCCGCUUUUCCUCGAGGUUUUCGAGGACCAGGAAGUCUAAGGCCGGGCGGGGGUGGGCGGAGGAGGGGGCGGGCCAGGAGGGGCCGGCGAGGAGCUGGGGCCGGGGGGGGGGGGGGCGGGGGGCUCCACCGCAGCCUCCUCCUCCUCUCCCUCCGCCUCCGCCGUUCUGCCUCUUCCAUCCGUCCCCCCGCGUCCCCCUCCCCGCACCGGGACACCGCCCGCCCACCCACCCUCCCCCUGCCCCCCGGCCCGGCCCCGAAAGCCACACGAACUCCAACACCAGCCCGGGGCGGGCUCGAGGUGCGGGGGGCCGGGCCGGGGGGCCGGGGGGCUCUGGCCGACCCGGACCCAGGGAGCCUGGAGUUGGCACAGAGUUGGGGGGGAGGCGGGGGUGGGGAACCCGGCCCAGGCAGCGUGGGACCCCUCCCCCGGAGGCUAAAGCUUGACUCUUACUGCACUUUGGAAAUGGGAAGUGAGCGGAGGGGAAACCGCUGAGAAAAGAUGAAAAAACACAAAAAAACUCACAGAAAAAAAAGAGAAAACGAGAAAAAGAGGAGAGAGGCUAUUAACUUAUUGAGAAUGGCCGGCGGGGAGGCCUAGGGACCCCCCCCCCCCUUUUCGAGCACUUUGAGAGCUGCCCCUCCCUCCCUCCCCCCCGACAGAGAGAACCCCCUCCCCCCUUGGUCAGGGUGGGCGAGCAGAGUCAUGAGUCGAAGUGUGGGGGGGGACGCAGCCCAGCCCUCUCCUCCCCCGUCCCCCGCUGCGUGGCCGCUGUCCAAGCACCAUCUACCUCUCACACUGGACGUCAGCCAGGCCCCCUCCCCGACGAGCUGAUGCCCGGACUUUCUGGGCUUUCCUGGAGUGCGUGUUGGGGAGGGGGGGCUGGUACCCCCGCGCCCCACCCCUUCUCCAUCCAUGCCUGCCUUCUGCCGAUCCCUGGUGUCACGCCCCGCUCCCCCGCAGUAUUAGUUUGAAACACAUCACCGCUGGGUGCGUCGAGGGGUGGGCUCGGCUCCCCCAUCCCCAGGGCACUUAACUAACCCGCUCCGAGCCCCGCCCCGACCCCCGCUGGCCGGCACCGAGGGGGAAGGGGCGUUUAAGGGGGCAGAGGCACUUCUCGGUGAGGGAAGCCGGCGGGUCGGGGGGAGAGGCUCCUUGGCUGAGGAUGCUUUUCCGGCGCCCACGUGUAACCACCCCACCGCCCCUCAGCUGGGCUGGGAGAGGGGGCCGCCCGCCUGCACAGAGCGGUCGGGGGAAAAAGGGACAACCCGACGGCCCUCCCCCGCCCCCUUGCACUAUUUGGGUAAAAAUGUCUUAAGCAAUCGGCUUCCCGCCCCAACCGGCGGCCUCCCCCCAGCCCGGCUGGGACCCAGCGGCGGUCCGAGCAGGCGAGGUCCGUCUCCGUCCGUCCGCGGCCCAGCCGGCUCCUCGUCUCUACCAUCUCUUGUCGCUCGGCGUCCCGACGCCGCCGUCCGCCCCUGCGCCCGGUGUGUGUGUGUGUGGUGGGGGCGGGGGGGUGGGACGGGAGCCCCCCACCCUCCCCACCCCGGGAAUGACUCAGUUUAGGACACUGUCACUCCCCCCACCUCCUGGGAGAGGGUGAGCCCCAGGGCAUGAGGCAACUUGGGGCGGACCUGGCUCCCAGGUGUGGAGGGCAUUGGUGCUAAUGAUGGGGUUUGGGGAAGGGGGGCCUAGCUCCAGUAUUGGGGGGGGGGGGGGGGUCCUGCAGUAUUCGGGGGUGAGGAGCUGCCAUCCCCCCGUCCCCCCCGGAUCAGGGAGAUCCAGCCACCCCCCUUGAGCCAUGACCACUACCCCCUCCUCCGGCUCCUCAGUAUUCCCUCAUCACUAACACAUACCUCAUCGCUUCUCUGCCCGCUCCCCUCCCUUCCCUUCCCCCGGUGGCAGGUCUGCAAGGUGGGCACGGGGGCCCGGGACAGCAGGAUUCAGGCGUGGGGCCUAGGCCCCAUCUAGACAUGAGGCCGGGGAGGGGUGCCAACGGGGCAAGGAUGGCACAGCCUGUGAGGGGGUGGGGGGGGGGAGGGGCGAUUGAAUGUAUGACAAGCUGGUGCUGUGGGGGCCCAGGAGGGGUAGGUGGGUGGGCAUCUCCCUUCGGCCCUGUUGGGGGGCGGGAGGGGGGGGGCGAGGAAGGGCAGAGAGGGGGAGGCGCAGCCGGCAGGGUGGGGUGUGGCGCUGGGGGGAGGGGGUGCCCCUAGCCCCCUGCCCACGUUGACAAUCAGUAUGUCUGUAAUGUGCGAUUUUUCACCCUUUGUGUUUUGGGUCAGGAUUUUAAAGAAAGAUAUUUUUAUGGUAAUUGUUGCUUGUCUAUUUUACUAUAUAUUUAUGUAAUAAAUAUAUGAUGAAAAUA